AUGGCGUCCCUUCAUCUUCAUCCAUCCUUCCAGCGUGGGAUGCCGCCAGUAAACGUCAAGAAAGACGUCAAGGAAUCUUCAAACGGUCAGUACAUGUACAACUACCGCUUACACGAUGCAUCGACCAGCACGGCCGCUAGCAUGUACUCCUGUUUGAGCUCCUUUAUCAAGUACCGGUACUCCUGCCAGGUUCAGCGUGCGCAGAGCGUGCACGGCCAUGCCGCGUGCGAGGCCCUGUCCUCAUUGGCCGCGGCAGCAUCAACGGCGAGAGGCUCCCGGCAUGCCACAGUAAUUGCAGGACUCGCAAGGGCGCACGCGUAG